CACAGCCGCUGAGGCUGGCUGGUGUCUGACGCCCUCCUCCACGCUGCCCGCCCUCCCGCUGUCCGCCGCCGGCCCUCCCGCCGCUCCUUCACCAUGGCCAUGUCCAUGGCCGGCCUGCGCUCGCACACGGAGCACUGCCGCCCCGGCGACCUGCUGGUGGUCGUGCACGAGUUUACCGCCCGCAGCCCCGACGAGCUCAGCCUGAAGCGCGGCGACCGCGUCGAGCUGAUUGAGCGCGACGAUGACUUUGGCGACGGCUGGUUCCUGGGGAGGAACACGGACAACGGCGAGAACGGGCUGUUCCCUGAAGUCUACACCCGCCCCGUGCCAGCGCCCGCCAUAACCACGACGAACGUCGCCGCCCACGCCCGCACGCCCUCGGCCGUGUCGCAGCAGACGCCCACCCAGCUGCCCGUCGCCCCCGGCACCGCCGUGUCGCAGCCGCCCACCCAGUCUGCGGCUGCCCCCAAGUCGCCCGCCCUGGUCCAAGGCCUGACAGAGCCCCUGAACGUCGCCAACUCGACCACCAGCGCCGAGAUUGCCCGCCGCACCUCGCUGAACACGGGCCCGCGGAGCAUCAGCAUGACGCUGAACGGCGACGACCCGCAGGAGGAGCCCGCCAUUGGGAGCCCUGUCAUGCACGAGACACUAAGCGUCAUCGACGAGCACAUCACCGACAUGAGCACGCCCCGCCACAGCGCCGCCGCCGUCCAGCGCGACCUCAAGGCCAGUAUGAAUAACGACUCCGGUAGCGAGUAUAGUAGCCACCACCGACUGUCGUACGUCAACGGCCAAGAGACCGAGGACGAGGAGGAGAACUACCACACCGAGGAGGAGGUCAAGACGUGGUCGCCCGCGCGCGUCGCCGAAUAUCUCGAGGACGUGGGCGUCGAGAAGAAGCACUGCGACGUGUUCAGAGACCAGGACGUCGACGGCGAGGCUCUGCUCGGCGUGGACCGCAACUUCAUCUUCAUGAAAGAGUUCGACCUGGGGCCCAUGGGGCCUCGUCUGCGCACGUGGAUGAAGAUCAACGCGCUGCAGCAGGAGGUCAGGAAUGCAAAAGAGGCCGCCAAAGCCCUGACGCCCCACGACAGCCUGGAAGACUUUGCGCCGGUAGAGGAGACCAUCACAAGAAACCGCGCUUCGUCGCUGGGCGCCGGCAUGCUGCCGCGCAUCCCCACGCUGAGGGAGAGCAUGGGAUCACGGGGCAGCCCCGGCCGCCAGAACAUCCCCCGCGCCAUGUCUUCUGCAGGACGCUCCACAAGCUCGACAAUCGAGCCGACAUCACCACUCAUUCAGACCAUCCCAGCUUCCCCGCCCCUCGCCAGUCGACCCUCGGCUGCCUCUGUACGCAGCCUCAACCACAACAGACGUCAUUCUUCCAUCGACUACAACGUUAACCCCCCCACACCUGGCUAUGUCAAGCCUGCUUCAACCGCGCCUGUUGCACAAGCACACAGAAAGGCGCCGUCGUUCGACCGCAACUGGACCAUGGGCUCACCACAGAAACAGCCACACGAUCUGCACCGUCCUGCUUCUUCAAACCACAUGCACGCCCUGAGCUCCAGUGGGACAGCUUUCGACACGAAAGAGCCCGGUCUGAACGUAACAAACGAAGUGGACAAGGGCUACUUCUCCGGUGGGGAGGUCGACAAUCGUAAAAGCCGAAAUUUGCUUCGAAAACGAGAUAGUGACACUCCUAUUCGCAAUCCCAGCAUGAGCACCUCUUUCAGCCGACGGCACAGCAGAAUCGGCAGCGCUGAUACUGCUGCGAAAUCGGGCACUGCUUCUUCUACGACCAGACAGUUCUUUGGAAGCACCUCCAAGAGCGAUCGCUCGAGCGCUUUCGACUUUGUACGGCCGUUGAAACCCACAAAUGAAUCGCCUCCAACCGUCACCAAGCUCAGCUACGAUACGCCCAGCAUUGAUGCCGUCGCGAACUCGCCAGCCCUUCCAGGAAGCGAGACAUCGUCGACUGGCCGCACAUCACCGGCACCAACAGCAACAACGCCGUCGGGGAACUCGUUCUUCAGCAAGCGUGCUGCAGGCCUGAGGGCCAUCUCCGACGCUAUUACUGGUGGGGAAAGAGCCAACGCCAGCUCAGUCGAUGUUGCCCACUCGACAAAUAAAGAUUCGCCCAUGCAGUCACCCACACGGACUGGAUCCAGCACUCCGUCGGGUACGUCCGUGUCGAAGAGCUUCGAGCUUGACAAGGGCGAUAGGCGGCUCACCAGCGGUUCCGCGGCCACCAAGGAAGUCAAGAAGAAGGCCAGCAAGCACGGCACGAGUGCUUAUCUGAAGGGUCGCCACCAAAUCACACCACAGGAAGCUAUGAAGGAUUGCGACUACAGCGGCUGGAUGAAGAAGAAGUCGUCGAGUCUGAUGACCACGUGGAAGACUCGUCUCUUCGUGCUACGAGGCCGACGACUGGCGUACUACUACAGCGAGAACGACACGGAAGAAAAGGGACUCAUCGACAUCUCGUCGCACCGCGUCUUGCCUGCAAACAACGAGAGGAUGACCGGUCUGCACGCAUCCAUCACUCGCGCCGCCUCGUCCCCGUCGUCACCUCACAACGCGUCCCUCCAGACUGCGGCGUCUGUAGACAGCGCCAAUGCUGCAAACAGUGUGGAAGAGAACCUGGACGGCAUGUUCAUAUUCAAGCUGGUCCCACCACGAGCUGGACUGCAAAAGGGCGUGCAAUUCACGAAGCCGAUUGUGCACUACUUCGCGGUGGACAGUCUGGCGGUGGGCCGACUGUGGAUGGCCGCACUCAUGAAAGCCACGAUCGACCGUGAUGACGGCCUCCCCUUCACCACGACAUAUCAGCAGAAGACUAUCUCGCUCGAGAAAGCACGCGCCAUGCGCCAGCGUCCGCCGAACCUGAUGGACGAGGAUGCUGAGACCGCCAGCAAGCGGAGCGACCUUGGCAAAGAGAGUCUACAAGAGAGCACCAUCCACGAGGAAGACGAGAAGCAAGGACUCGCCAUCUCUGGCCUCGACGACGCCCAAGCCCUGCUCGCCUACGCCGAGACAGGCUCGCACCACGCCUCGUCGGUGAAUAUCUCCGAGGCAGAGCCGACCAAGUCUCCCCCGCUGGUUUCCUAGCCCCACAUUCUUCCCUAUUCGUCACAUACCCCGUCCCGCCUCGGCUGCUUUUUAUACGCCCUUUAAUACAUUCUAUGAGCAGAUGUCUACCACAACGUGGUGGCGCGCACCGAACACAGUUGGAUAUACCUUGGCCCGCAGUUGGAAGGACCUGGAUGACCCCGCAUUUGCCCUACCUAUCUACAUCUAGUUGCUGCAUUUGAC